CACACCGACGAAGAAGAAGAGGAAGCGGAAGAAGAGCAGCAGGUUACGUGUUGUGGUUGGGUGUUAAACGGACCUUUAAUUCCUGGUAUUCUCUCUAACAGCGCAGGUACAAAUAAAUCUGCAGCAAUAUGACCCGCCACGGGAAGAACUGCACGGCUGGAGCUGUCUACACGUACCACGAGAAGAAGAAAGACACAGCGGCGUCUGGUUAUGGGACACAGAGCAUCCGACUGGGCAAAGAUGCCAUCAAAGACUUUGACUGCUGCUGCCUGUCGCUGCAGCCCUGCCAGGAUCCUGUGGUGACCCCAGAUGGAUUCUUGUAUGAAAAACAGGCCAUUCUUGAAUAUAUUCUUCACCAGAAGACAGAAAUUGCCAAAAAGAUGAAGGCUUAUGAGAAGCAGAAACAGGCUCAGAAGAGCAGCAGCCAGCUGGAGUCCAAGUCAGAGGAGAGGGAGCGAGUGGAGAGGUUUAAAACCAGAGAGAACAGCAUCGUGUCCAAACCCAUCAACCCGUUCACUUCUGGGCCUGUCAAAGAGGGCGAGAAGACCAGAACCCAGAGGAGCUCAGGAGAACCAUCCACUGCUGCCUCAGCUUCCACGUCCAGCCAGAGCCUGCCCAGUUUCUGGAUCCCCACUCUGACGCCAGAGGCCAAACCCACACUCCUCAAAAAACCAAGCAAAGCCGUGUUGUGUCCGAUGUCUGGACGUCCCAUUAAGAUGAACGAGUUGAUCUCGGUGCGCUUCACGCCGCUGGACCCGAGCCUGGACCGAGUGGCUCUGCUCAACCGCCAGGACAGAUACAUCUGUGCCGUAACCAGAGACGUUCUGGGAAACAGCGUUCCUUGUGCCGUCCUCAGACCUUCGGGGACGGUGGUGACCGAGGAGUGCGUGGAGAAGCUGAUCAGGAAGGACAUGACGGACCCGGUGACCGGAGACAAGCUGUCCGACAGAGACAUCAUUCGGCUGCAGAGGGGUGGAACCGGGUUCGCGGCCUCUGGGGUCGACCUCAGAGCCAAAGAGGCUCGUCCAGUGAUGCAGGUGUGAGACGAAGGAUCUGAAGACUGCAGUUCUUCGUAGUAAACCUUCACCGGGCGUCUGCGAGGUGUGAAAGGAGGAUUAACUUCUUUCAUCACGUCAACAGCUUUGAUCUAAUUUGAUGAUGUUUGAACUAUGUUUUGUUGUAGAACUUUUGUUUUCAUGUGACAUCCACUUCCAUUCUGAAUUAAAUCUUAUCUUUUGAAGUGG